CUCCGAGAGUUGGUGAGGGAGCCAGAUAAAAAAAUGGCUUUCAUCUGGAUUCUGUCGUGCCUUGCUUUCAUUGGAACAGCCUAUGGCUGUGGCGUUCCUGCCAUCCCUCCUGUUAUUACUGGCUACUCCAGGAUUGUGAAUGGUGAAGAGGCAGUGCCCCAUUCCUGGCCCUGGCAGGUGUCUCUGCAGGACUCCACUGGCUUCCACUUCUGCGGUGGCUCCCUGAUCAAUGAGUGGUGGGUUGUGACUGCUGCUCACUGCAAUGUCAGGACCUCUCAUCGUGUCAUCCUGGCUGAGCAUGAUCGUUCUUCCAAUGCUGAGCCCAUUCAGACCAUGACUGUUGGCAAGGUUUUCAAGCACCCUAACUACAACAGCUUCACCAUCAACAACGACAUCCUCCUGAUCAAGCUGGCCUCUGCCGCUAAGCUCAACACUCACGUGUCUCCCGUGUGCCUCCCUGGAACCUCCGACAACUUCCCUGGAGGCAUGAAGUGUGUGACCUCUGGAUGGGGCCUGACCAAGUACAACGCUCCUGAUACCCCUGCCCUGCUCCAGCAGGCCGCUCUGCCUCUGCUGACCAAUGACGACUGCAAGCGUCACUGGGGAUCCAACAUCACUGAUCUGAUGAUCUGUGCUGGAGCCUCUGGUGCUUCUUCUUGCAUGGGUGACUCUGGUGGUCCUCUGGUCUGUCAGAAGGAUGGAGUUUGGACUCUGGUUGGAAUCGUGUCCUGGGGAAGCAGUGUCUGCUCAACCAGUUCACCUGGUGUGUACGCCCGUGUCACCAAGCUCCGUUCCUGGGUUGACCAAACCAUUGCUAUUGUUACACUGAAUGACAAGAGCAGACAACAUUCAAGUGCAGCAAUGGCCUUCUUGUGGAUCCUCUCCUGUCUCGCCUUCUUUGGUGCAGCCUAUGGCUGUGGCGUUCCUGCCAUCCGUCCUGUUAUUACUGGCUACUCCAGGAUUGUGAAUGGUGAGGAGGCACGUCCUCACUCCUGGCCCUGGCAGGUGUCUCUGCAGGACUCCACUGGCUUCCACUUCUGCGGUGGCUCCCUGAUCAAUGAGUGGUGGGUUGUGACUGCUGCUCACUGCAAUGUGAGAACCUCUCACCGCGUCAUCCUGGGUGAGCAUGAUCGCUCAUCUAAUGCUGAGGCCAUUCAGACCAUUAGUGUUGGAAAGUCCAUCAAGCACCCUAACUACAACAGCUUCACCAUCAACAACGACAUCAUCCUGAUCAAGCUGGCCUCUGCCGCUAAGCUCAACACUCACGUGUCUCCCGUGUGCCUCCCUGGAACCUCCGACAACUUCCCUGGAGGCAUGAAGUGUGUGACCUCUGGAUGGGGCCUGACCAGGCACAAUGCUCCUGAUACCCCUGCCCUGCUCCAGCAGGCCGCUCUGCCUCUGCUGACCAAUGACGAUUGCAAGCGUCACUGGGGAUCCAACAUCACUGAUCUGAUGAUCUGUGCUGGAGCCUCUGGUGUCUCCUCUUGCAUGGGUGAUUCUGGUGGUCCUCUGGUCUGUGAGAAGAAUGGAGCCUGGAAUCUGGUUGGUAUCGUGUCCUGGGGAAGCAGCACCUGUUCCACUUCCACCCCUGCUGUCUAUGCCCGUGUCACCAAGCUCCGUGCCUGGAUUGACCAGACCAUUGCUGCUAACUAAAGCAGCCAUGGAUACUGUCUUUAGUUUCAUCAAUAAAGAUGUGU